AACAGGGGGGGGGGGGGGUUCUGUGGCUGCGAUAUUAUUUACCAGAAUCGUUGUUCGCGUCCAGCACAUCGCAAGCGAAGCGCCAUGGCGUCCCUGACGCUUCCCGCCCGCUCCGCCGCCUCUUUAUAUAGCCGCGUUCUCCUCGUGCGUUUCCUGGCAACCUGCAUGCACUCGCGCAGCCACAGGUAACUGAUAUCCCUGCACACAUGCAGAUAGUGUAGGUCGAGAGCCAUCAGCCAUGUACAUAGUCAUUGGGUGUAGUGGAGUGGAGCUGCUGCUGCCCUAACGCUGAAUGUCUGGGCACGGCGGACCGCAGUCGCCGCGGUCGUCGGGGAAGCACCCCUUCUACCGCGGCAUCCGGAGCCGGAGCGGCAAGUGGGUGUCGGAGAUCCGGGAGCCUAGGAAGACGCGCCGCAUCUGGCUCGGCACGUUCCCGACGGCGGAGAUGGCCGCCGUAGCGUACGACGUGGCCGCCCGCGCGCUGCGGGGGCCCAACGCGGCGCUCAACUUCCCGGACCUGGCCGCGUCGCGCCCCGCGCCGGCGUCCACCUCCGCGGAUGACAUCCGUGCCGCAGCCGCGGAGGCCGCCGCGUCACUGCAGCAGCUGCCCUGUGACGCUCCCGGACGCGGCAUUGCUCCCGUGGCCGCUGGAACAGCGUCUCAGCAGAUCGGCGGGAGCAGUGCGGCUGCUGCUGCGGCGAGCAGCGCGGCCGCACAGCAGGAAGGCGGCAGCAGUACGGGGAAUCCGUACUUCCUGGACGAGGAGGCGCUCUUCGAUACGCCGCAGUUCCUGCGCAACAUGGCCGCCGGGAUGAUGAUGAGCCCCCCGAGGCUCAGCCGCAACUCGUCCGACGACUCGCCGGACCCGUCAGAGGCCGGGGAGAGCCUCUGGAGCUACCGUGAUCCGUAGAUACCGGUAAUGGUGAUGACAAUAAUAAUGGAUGGCGAUGGAACUAAUAAGUUCUACCACUAGUGUAUUGCUGCAGAUAAUACUCCUCCUGAACUUGGAAGCUAGCCGGAAUGAUACGGGAGAGAUAAAGAGGUACAUACAGGUGCCCGUCCGUUGAUCAUCAUCUUUUCUCUCCAUUAAUUUAUGCAGGCCAGCCUUCAUAUGUACAGUAGGAUAGCUUCAUCUGCCGGAAGAUGCCAGUAUCGCUCUAUUUUCUCCUCUCUUUUUACCACUCGGAAUAUGUGGUCUGGUGUGGAGUCAGAAAGGAAGGUCUCCUUUUUAUAUUAACUUUUACUUGGCUUGAUUGGAAUGCCAAGUAGGUGGAUCCGCUGUUGUACAAGUGGAUGUAGCUGUGUAACAAUGUAACCUUGUACCGUGCAAAUUGGUAAUUUGGCGGCGGAUCAGCUAUAAGAUGAUGUGCGCGCGGCGCAUCGCUCCGCCUUAAUUACCCUUUCCUAAA